ACCCUCCUCGCUUCUUCGCUAGGGCUUCUCUCCUCCGCGCUCGAGCUCAUCCAUGGCAACCUCCUUCUCCACCAUUCACCGCGCCGGGAACUCCAUCCUCGUCUUCUCCCUCUCCAAGCUACGCACGGCUAUCCCAUCCUUUCGCCCCUCAUCUCGAUCGCUCGCCCCUCGCUGCCUCUCCACCUCCGCCAUCCCAAAUAGCUACCCCCGUCUGCCAUCCGACCCUCGCUUCGUCCAACAACCCCAAAACCCUAAUCAAUGGCACAACAAUCCCCACGGACAUCGCCCCCCGAUGGCACCCGUCAAUAGCCCGCCACCCCCUCCGACGCCGCCGCCGAUGGAGGCCCCUGUCGACCUCGCUGCUCUAUGUCGAGAGGGAAAGAUCAAGGAAGCUGUCGAAUUCAUGAGCAAGGGUGCCCACGCUGAUCCACCGACUUUCUUCGGUCUCGUCUCCGGUUGCUCCGAUCCUAAGCAUCUCGACGACCUCAAGAAACUCCAUGAUCUAUUCAUCCGUACCCCGUUCCGCGCAGAUCUCCAGAUCAACAACAAAUUUAUUGAGAUGUUUUCCCGCUGCGGGAGCAUGUCGGAUGCCCGCAGGGUGUUUGAUAGAAUGCCUGAUCGGAGCAUGGAUACUUGGCAUCUCUUGAUCCAUGGUUACGCUUCGAAUGCGCAAGGGGAUGAUGGGUUGCAGGUUUUUGAGCAGAUGCGGAGGGUUGGAGUACACCCUGAUGCGCACACCUUUGUUGUCGUGCUAUCAGCUUGUGCAACCGCGGAAGCAAUAGAAGAGGGUUUCAUUCAUUUUAACUCUAUGUAUAAGGAGUAUGGGAUAUCACCAGGCAUUGAACACUAUGUGGGCUUGAUUGAAGUGUUGGGGAAAUCAGGGCAUCUCUAUGAAGCAGUGGAGUACAUUGAAAAAUUGCCUUUUGAACCACCUGCAGUGAUUUGGGAGACUAUGAUGAACUUGGCUAGGCUCCAAGGAGAUAUUGAUCUUGAGGACCGAAUGGAAGAGCUUUUGGUUUCAAUUGACCCAUCUAAAGUUUCGCCGAAGAAGAUACAGACACCGCCUCGGAAGAGAAGGUUGGGGAUUAACAUGCUUGAUGGGAAGAAUAAAUUGGCUGAGUAUCGGUUGCCGCCGGUUAUUGUGAAACCUCAAGUGAAGGAGCAGGUUUAUGUUCCGGAUACAAGAUAUGUGCUUCAUGAUAUUGAUCAAGAGGCAAAGGAGCAAGCUUUGCUUUACCAUAGUGAGCGUUUGGCAAUUGCUUAUGGUCUGAUUAGUACUCCGGCAAGGACUCCCCUUAGGAUUAUUAAGAACUUGAGAGUUUGUGGAGAUUGUCACAAUGCUAUCAAGAUCAUGUCAAGGAUUGUUGGAAGGGAGCUUAUUGUGCGUGAUAACAAGCGUUUUCACCAUUUCAAGGAUGGGAAGUGCUCAUGUGGAGAUUACUGGUGAUGUUGCUGCCUUGAUUUUUAUUUGACAACUCAUGUACAAAUGGAAGUCAUUUGCAGUGUUCCUUGCUCCAUUUCCAAACUACCGGAUCUUUUUCCAGAAAUGUUAUUAAGUUCAUAUCACAAGGACAACUUGAGUUCUUGAAACACCUUUGACUUUAGUAGUCUACAACAAGUAUUUGGUUUUGCUCUGUUUGUACAAGUGAACUG